CUCCAUCUUCUCCAACGGUUCAGUGCAACUUUAACCGACAGAGACGGUGACAUCAUCAUCAUCAUCAUCAUGCUGGUUUUCCUCUUCCUGUUGGGCCUGGCUCUGGGUGCUGUUUCUUCUUCAGAUGACCCUCCAACGGAGCUACAGCAAGACACCUGUCCCUCCUUCUGGUUCUCCUUCAACGGCCGCUGCUACAAGUACUUCAACACAGAGACGACCUGGGCUGAUGCAGAGCUCUACUGUGUGUCCCAGGGAGGCAACCUGGUGUCUAUCCACAGUAGAGAGGAAGAGGAUUUUGUCAAAUUCCUGAUCAAAAGCUCUGACCCUGCUGAGGGAUAUACAUGGAUCGGACUCCAUGACAUCGCCAAAGAAGGAAGAUGGAUGUGGUCUGAUGGGUGUGCAGUCAAGUUUGUCUAUUGGAGUUCAGGACAACCAGACAACUUUCGAGGAUUGGAACACUGUGUCGACACCAACUUUGGUUUUGAUCAUAAAUGGAACGAUAGAACAUGUUAUUCUACUCUUCCCUCAGUUUGUGCGUCUCGCAUAACUUGUCCUUAGCAACUGAGAUGUUACAUAUGUCUGAUUGAACCAGUUCACUGUAAAACUGUUACUCUGUUAACAUGCUUUGGACCACAAUAAAGACAUGAAUGUACACUUAUGUGUGUAAAGAAGUCAUUUUAUUAAACUUAAUUUCCAUGAAUGUUAUAUAUUUACACAGGUGAUUCAAAAUGAUCUCAAACUUAAUUAACUGAAAACAUAAA